AUCAACUCUUUUCCACAUGUUUGGUAUCUCACCCUCAGGCUCCCCCAGCUCAUUGAGAAGAUUCAGCUUAUUAAGAUAGCUAUCAAAGAAAUGAAGAAUAAUAUUGACGCAGCUGGGAUACUAGAAGUUGCAAAAUGUCCAGCUGAACAGGUAUCAUCGCAAUCUACAAAAUAUCCUGUUUUUGGAAACAUUAUUGUGGGGUUUGAGAAAGUGGCAACUGAAAUUGUGGGACAACUUGUUAGAGGACCAGACCAGCUGCAAAUUAUUUCCAUCUUUGGGAUGCCUGGAAUUGGUAAGACCACUUUAGCAAAUAUAUUGUACAAUGACCCCUCUGUUGUCGAUCGUUUUGACAAGCGUUCCUGGGGUGUUGUUUCUCAAACAUAUAAUAAGAAAAUUUUGUUGAUUGAAAUGCUGUGCUCAAUAAAUCACAGUAAAAGAGAAACACUUGAGAAUAAGGCGGAGGAAAGUUUGGCAGAAAAACUUUACAAAAGUUUAAAAGGAUGCCGGUACCUCAUCGUGAUAGAUGAUAUAUGGGAUAUCAAUGUGUGGAAUGAUUUGGAAAGAUAUUUUCCAAACGAUAGAAUUGGAAGCAGAAUCUUAUUCACUACUCGAAAUAAAGAAGUUGGUUCGGAAGCUUCACCUCAUAGUGUUAUAAAUGCACUUCCUUUGCUGUCUGAUGCUGAAUGUUGGAAACUAUUACAAGGGAAAGUGUUCGAAGAUGGAAAUUGUCCUCAAGAAUUGCCAUACAUUGGGAAGCAAAUUGCAAAAAAUUGUCAUGGCCUACCACUUGCAGUGGUCGUGAUAGCUGCAAUUCUUUCAAACAUGGAGAAGAAAGAACACUUGUGGCAAGAAGUUGCAAGAAAUUUAAGUUCACAUAUAUCAGACAACCCAAACAAGUUCAUGCAGAUAUUGGAACUUAGCUACGAGCAUUUACCAAACCAUUUAAAGCCAUGUUUUCUUUACUUUGGAACAUUUGAGGAAGACGAUGAAAUCUACGUACGAGGGUUGAUAUCUCUUUGGGUGGCUGAAGGAUUUAUAGAGAAGGAAGAGCAAAAGUGCUUAGAGGAUGUGGCACUAAAAUAUCUGAUGGAACUAAUUGAUAGGAGCUUGAUAAUUGUUCACAAACGGAGACCAAAUGGAGAAGUCAAAACUUGUAAGAUUCAUGAUCUAUUGCAUGAAAUGUGCUCAAGAAUAGGUGAAAAAAUGAACUUUUGGAAGAUGGUCAACUAUAAUGAAGAUGAUCCGCCAAUGUUCUUCAGUCAAGUAUUGAUACAUAGGCAACACAAUUGUGUGAAUAUCAACUGGCGGGAAUCUCGAAUUCACUCACUGCCUUUUGGCCUACGCGUGCGUUCUGUUCUAUUUCGUUGUGGUCAUCUUGUUGAGCGGUCCACAAUAAUCACAUCCAGCUUCAAAGUUCUUAGGGCCUUCAGAUUUUCAAGAGUCCCAAAUGAUCAUCAUUUAAUAGGAAUCGAACAUCUGGUUCACUUGAGGUAUUUGAUAAUUUCAUUUAAACUGCCUCCAAUGGAAAGCUUCCACAAGCUAGAAUAUCUUAGGGUGUAUACAAAUUUUAAAAUUGAAAUACCUGAGAUCCUUCUUACUAUGCUGAGUUUGAGACAUAUGCAUUUCCCGGGUGGUGCAUACUUUAGUGCAUCUUGUCGUCAGCAAGCAAGCAUGGUUGAAAGCUUCCAAAUAAGUAGUAACUUACAAAGUAUUUCUGUUAUCAGAAUUUUCGAUGAAACAGAUGAGAAAAUUUUGAGAUGUUUACACAAUCUUCGCAGACUGAAAGGUGAGGUUGGAUCUUCACUCAAUUAUUCUUUUGACUCCCUUAAGCAGCUCGAAUCACUGAGGCUUCAAUCAAACGUGGGAGUUCCAUCUUCCAGUUUGAUAACUCCGCCCUUAAAUCUCAAAUAUUUGACUCUAGUUAACGUACACGUGUCUCCGAAACAAAUGGAGACAAUUGGGAGACUGGAGUACCUUGAGGUUCUCAAAUUACAACAUGUAGCCUUUGAAGGAGAACAGUGGGACACGAAUGAAGGUGAAUUCCCACAACUUAAAUUCUUGAAACUCUAUGAUGUACAACUUGCAGAAUGGAAUGCCUUAGGUGACAAUUUUCCAACAAUUCAACGACUGGUAUUGCAAAAUUGCUACAAUUUGAAGAAUGGAAUCCCUCCCAGUUUCGGAGGUAUUCUAACGUUACAAAUGAUAGAGGUACAUUGGUGCACAAAAGCUGUUGAAUUAUCUACUAAGCAAAUUCUGGAAGAACAAUUGGACGUUGGAAAUGAAGAGUUCAAAGUCAUAAUCUCUGGCCCGAAAAGUGAAAGAAAAGAACAAGGAGAAUGUGAAAGUGAAGAACAAGAAGAAAGUGAAAAUGAAGAAAUCACUGACGAGUUCAUGGAGCAUUAGCUUUUGCUGGGGACCUUCCGAGACAUUUCACAUGGUAAUAACAGAGAACUCUUCUUUUACUCUUUCCCAUUCUCAUCUUGAUUCUGGUAUUGUCUGUAAUACUAAAAUGAUACAUCAGAUAAACUUCUAAUGUAUUUGUGCCUUUUUUAGAAAUUAAGGUUGGCUUUUUUUUUGAUGAGCUUGUUGAUACUAUUCUAUGAAUUGCUAGGAUUGAGUAGAUAAUAAGCUGAAGUUUGAAUAAUCAUUGUUUCUUUAAGUUGAUGCAGAACAUUCCUUUUG